UCUGUAUGCGGAGAGAAAACAAACCAUCUGAUGGAAGUACAUAAAAACACCGUCCUCCAGCAGACUAACAGCAGCAGCAUGUGUGAAUCAACGCAGAGGUCCUGCGAGCCUCGGCGCAAAAGAACAGAUGAGCGCAGCGCGCCAUCGGAGAUGGCUCGGAUCAUCACCGACCCGGCCACUGGGAAGUGCUACUGCCGAGGGAAAGUUUUGGGAAAGGGAGGAUUUGCUAAAUGUUAUGAGAUGACGGACCUCUCCACCGGUAAAGUUUACGCAGCAAAGAUCAUCCCGCACGCGCGCGUCUCCAAGCCUCACCAGCGGGAGAAGAUCGACCGAGAAAUUGAAUUGCACAAAUUGCUGCACCAUAAAAACAUCGUGCAUUUUUAUCACCAUUUUGAGGACAAAGAGAACAUUUACAUCUUGCUGGAAUACUGCAGUAGAAAAUCUUUAGCUCACAUUCUGAAGGCUCGAAAAGUUCUUACUGAGCCUGAAGUCCGGUAUUACCUGAGACAGAUUGUUUCUGGACUAAAGUACCUGCAUGAACAAGAAAUCCUUCACAGGGACCUUAAAUUGGGGAACUUUUUUGUGAGCGAGUCAAUGGAACUGAAGGUCGGAGACUUUGGUCUGGCUGCCAAGUUGGAGCCGGCUGGAAACAGGAGGAAGACGAUCUGCGGGACUCCAAAUUACCUGUCCCCUGAGGUCCUCAACAAGCAAGGUCAUGGCUGUGAAUCGGAUAUCUGGGCUCUGGGCUGUGUAAUGUAUACUAUGCUCCUGGGUCGACCUCCAUUUGAAACCACCAACCUGAAGGAGACUUACCGGUGUAUCAGAGAGGCACGUUACUCACUCCCUUCCUCACUAUCAGCACAGGCAAAGCAGCUCAUUGCCAAUCUACUGGCCAAGAUUCCCGAGGACAGACCCAAUCUUGACCUCAUUCUGAGGCAUGAAUUCUUCACCCAGGGCUUUAGUCCAGAGCGUCUAUCACCUAGCUGCUGCCAUUCGCCACCAGAUUUCCACGUCUCUAGUCCUGCAAAGAGCUUCUUUAAGAAAGCUGCUGCAGCGCUAUUUGGAGGGAAGAGGGAUAAGGUCAAAUACUACGAAACCUUGAACAAGUUAACUAAGGAGGAAGAGGAGAUCUACAAACUGCAGCACGACUUAGAGAGGACCGUCAUCAGUCAACAACAUGGCAAAAAGAUGUCUGAGAAUGGAAGUCUACUUCCGCCAUCUGCCGGGAGCCCCGUCGCCUUGGCAACAGAGAAUCAGUCACCGAAUACGCAAGACACCAUUAGACUGAUCGUCAGGGGGAGUCUGGGCAGCUGUAGCAGCAGCAGUGAAUGUCUGGAAGACAACACAACAGGGAGCGUGGCUGAGACAGUUGCCAGUGUGUUAAGAGGAUGUCUCGAGAACAUGCCUAAAGCAAAUGACACCCCGCAGACGUUAAACAGCUGCAGUCUUCAAUGGGUCACUAAAUGGGUCGACUACUCCAACAAGUAUGGGUUCGGCUACCAGUUGUCCGAUCACACUGUAGGAGUUCUCUUCAACAACGGGACCCACAUGAGCCUCCUGCCAGAUAGAAAGACCAUCCAUUACUAUGCUGAGUUAGGCCAGCGUUCUGUUUUUCCCACUUGCGAGGUCCCUGAGCACUUUGUGGGACAAGUUACUGUGCUCAAGUAUUUUUCCCACUACAUGGAGGAAAACCUCAUGGAUGGUGGGGACCUCGGUACUACAACAGAUGCAGACAUGCCCAGACUCUACCUGCUGCAGUGGUUGAAGUCUGACCGUGCCCUCAUGAUGCUCUUUAACGAUGGCACCUUCCAGGUCAACUUUUACCAUGAUCAUACCAAGAUCAUCUUGUGCUGCCAGAGGGAUGAGUACAUGCUGACAUACAUCAACGAAGAACGAGUGUCUAAAACCUUCAAACUCAGUUCACUGCUCACAUCUGGCUGCCCCAACGACCUGCGCCAACGUCUGGUGUACUCCCUCAAUAUGCUCCUGCAGAGAUGCAGCUAAACCUACAAAAAUCUACUCUGGACCAAAAAAAAACAAAAAAAUCCACACCCACUGUGUUACUGCAGUGCUGCAGAGGAACAGGGAACCUGGAAGAGAACAGGCGGACUUGCAAGGCUGGGCUUGAGCAAAGUCAAUUAACAUUCCUUCACCGUUGCACCGUCAUGACUCAGCCUCGGUGCAGGCGAAAGAAUAAUGCAGAGGGAGAGACUAUGAGAGCGUGGGAAUACGAAAUGUAGCACAAUGAAUGCUGAUGGGAACUAAAGGGCUGAUUUGUAUUGUUGGAGAAGAGAGGAACGUGGAUGUUGGUACGAAUGUGAACCCCAUAUGUUUUUGGGGGAGAACUAAGACAAAAAGAGCUGUCAGGCAUGUAAUAAAACUAACGCUGGGCUGGCACCAGCUUAGAUGUGUAUAGAAUGAUCUGUUUGAUACCAGAGGCAUAACAUGAUGCUUUGAACUUUAACAGAGCUCUCUGUGAGAUACUGUAAAUUAUGUACAGUGUAUGUCUAAGCCACCCCAGCCAUGAAGAGAAAAGACUUUUAUAGCUGUUAUCUGUUGCAGAUUUUAAAAGAGUGCAUGUUCGUCUGAGUGUGUGUGGGGAGGUGUAACAUUAUACUAACUUUUAAAAACUGUGAUUUGUUCAUUGCUGUCUUUACUGACAGAUGGGCUCAGCACUCUGAGCUGGAGAGGAUGUAGAGUGACUUAACACAAGGUUUUUUUUAAGCAACAUUUAGGAGCCAUUUUCAUCUUGGUAACAAUGUCUUAAAUAACUUAUUGUGUAAUAAAAGUGCAGUAUUUAUUUAUUUAAUAAAUAAGAGUGUUUUCUAAAAAAAAAAA